AUGGAGGCAGAGGCUGGGGUGACGUGGCCACCAGCCCAGGAGCCCCCGGAAGCUGAAGGCAGCGGGAAGGACCCUCUCCGCAGCCUCCGGAGGGAGCGGGGCCCGGUGACCCCUGGGGAGCUGCCCGUGGGGGCGGCCAGCGGUGCCUGUCCUGGCGGCCCCAGGGAUGCUGGACACGGGCAGGCGCCGGGCCUGUGCCGGGGUGAGAUCGACUUCGGAGGGUCUGGGAAGAAGCGAGGCAGGUUCGUGAAGGUGCCGAGCGGCGUGGACCCCUCCGUGCUCUUUGAUCUGCUGCUGGCCGAGUGGCACCUGCCGGCCCCCAACCUCGUGGUGUCCCUGGUGGGCGUGGAGCGGCCUUUCCCCAUGAGGUCCUGGCUGCGGGACGUCCUGCGCAAGGGGCUGGUGAAGGCGGCUCAGAGCACAGGCGCCUGGAUCCUGACCAGCGCGCUCCGCGUGGGCCUCGCCCGGUACGUCGGGCAGACGGUGCGUGACCACUCGCUGGCCAGCACGUCCACCAAGGCCCGCGUGGUGGCCAUCGGCAUCGCCUCGCUGGGCCGUGUGCUGCACCGUCAGCUUCUGGACAAUGCCCAGCCCCGUGCCCGAAGUGCUGUCCUGGCCACUGUCGCACCAGCGGGGGUGACCCUGGGGCCUACGGCCGGCCGGGCCAGAGGACGCCCUGCAGCCCCUGCUGCACGGAGCUCCCCACGGCCCCGGGCUCUUCCUGGGGAUUCCUCCCCAGCAGCCGAGCCCCGCCUCUGUGCGGCGGUGGGAACAGGCCUGGGCACCAGCCUCAAGGUGUGCUUGGGGGCCCAGGAGCACAGCCCCGUCCACUACCCCACGGACGACGGCGCCGGCCAGGGCCCCCUCUGCUCACUGGACAACAACCACUCUCACUUCAUCCUGGUGGAGCCGGGACCCCCCAGGAAGGGGGACGGGCAGAUGGAGCUGUGGCUGAGGCUGGAGAAGCACAUCUCAGAGCAGCGGACUGGCUAUGGGGGCACCGGCAGCAUCGAGAUCCCUGUCCUCUGUCUGCUGGUCAACGGUGACCCCAGCACCCUGGAGAGGAUUUCCCGGGCCGUGGAGCACGCCGCCCCCUGGCUGGUGCUGGCGGGCUCAGGCGGCGUCGCCGACGUGCUGGCUGCCUUGGUGGACCAGCCCCACCUCUUGGUGCCCCAGCUGGCCGAGAAGCAGUUUAAAGAGAAGUUCCCCGGCAAGCAUUUCUCCCGGGAGGACAUCGUGCACUGGACAGAACUGCUGCAGAACAUCGCCUGCCACUCGCACCUGCUCACGGUGUACGACUUCGAGCAGGAGGGCUCCGAGGAGCUGGACACCGUCAUCCUCAAGGCGCUGGUGAAAGCCUGCAAGAGCCACAGCCAGGAGGCACAGGACUACCUGGACGAGCUCAAGCUGGCCGUGGCCUGGGACCGUGUGGACAUCGCCAAGAGCGAGAUCUUCAAUGGGGACGUGGAGUGGAAGUCCUGCGACCUGGAGGAGGCGAUGAUGGAUGCGCUGGUGAGCAACAAGCCCGAGUUCGUGCGCCUGUUCGUGGACCACGGCGCCAGCGUGGCCGACUUCCUGACCUACGGGCGGCUGCAGCAGCUGUACCGGGCCGUGCCCCCCAAGAGCCUGCUCUUUGACCUGCUGCAGCGCAAGCACGAGGAGGGCCGGCCGGCGCCGCAGGCCCGGGGGCCGCCCGCCUUCUCCCUGCACGAUGUGUCCCGCGUGCUCAAGGACUUCCUGCACGACGCCUGCCGGGGCUUCUACCAGGCGGAGAGGGGGCCGGCCAGAAGGCCCGCUGGCCAGAAGUGGCUGCUGGACCUGAGCCAGAAGAGUGAGAACCCGUGGAGGGACCUGUUCCUGUGGGCCGUGCUGCAGAGCCGCCAUGAGAUGGCCACCUACUUCUGGGCCAUGGGCCAGGAGGGUGUGGCAGCUGCUCUGGCCGCUUGCAAGAUCCUCAGAGAGGUGUCGCACCUGGACGUGGAGGCCGAGGCGGGCCACAGCACGUCCCAGGCCACAUACGAGCAGCUGGCCCUGGGCCUCUUCUCCGAGUGCUACAGCAACAGCGAGGACCGCGCCUUCGCCCUGCUGGUGCGCCGCACCCGCGGCUGGAGCAGGACCACCUGCCUGCACCUGGCCACCGAGGCCGACACCAAGGCCUUCUUUGCCCACGACGGGGUACAGGCCUUCCUGACCAGGCUCUGGUGGGGGGACAUGGCCUCGGGCACGUCCAUCCUGCGGCUGCUGGGUGCCUUCCUCUGUCCUGCGCUCCUCUACACCAACCUCAUCACCUUCAGUGAGGAGGUCCCACUGAGGACAGGCCUGGAGGACCUACAGGAGCUAGACAGCCUGGACACGGAGAAGAGCCUGCUCUGCAGCCCGGGCAGUGGGGUGGAGGAGCCGGCUGAGGCCCCGAGGACUCAGGGCAGCCGAGGCCCACGUGUGGCCUUCCUGCUCACGCGCUGGCGGAAGUUCUGGGGCGCGCCUGUGACCGUGUUCCUGGGGAACGUGGUCAUGUACUUUGCGUUCCUCUUCCUGUUCACCUACGUCCUGCUGGUGGACUUCAAGCCACCUCCCCAGGGGCCAUCGGGGCCUGAGGUCACCCUCUACUUCUGGGUCUUCACAUUGGUGCUGGAGGAGAUUCGACAGGGCUUCUUCACGGAUGAGGACGUGCACCUGGUGAAGAAGUUCGCGCUCUACGUGGAGGACAACUGGAACAAGUGUGACAUGGUGGCCAUCUUCCUGUUUGUCGUUGGCGUCAUCUGCAGGUCUGUGGGGCCUGGGGUCUUGCGGGGGCAGCCUCGGGUGGGUCGGCGGGCAGGGUCGCCUUCAGGAUGGGUCCUCCUGGGGACUCAAGACUCCUGCUUGCCGUGUCUUGGGGGAGCACCUUCCCCCGCCCGGCUCCGCGGCCCGCCCAGCCCGCCUUCCCCCCACAGGAUGCUGUCCUCGGCGUUCGAGGCCGGACGCGCGGUCCUCGCCAUCGACUUCAUGGUGUUCACCCUCCGCCUCAUCCACAUCUUCGCCAUCCACAAGCAGCUGGGCCCCAAGAUCAUCGCUGUGGAGCGAAUGAUGAAGGACGUCUUCUUCUUCCUCUUCUUCCUGAGCGUGUGGCUCGUGGCCUACGGCGUGGCCACGCAGGCGCUGCUGCACCCCCACGACAGCCGCCUGCAGUGGGUCUUCCGCCGCGUGCUCUACCGGCCCUACCUGCAGAUCUUCGGGCAGAUCCCGCUGGAUGAGAUCGACGAAGCCCGCGUGAACUGCUCCACGCACCCACUGCUGCCUGAGGACUCGCCCGCCUGCCCCAACCUCUACGCCAACUGGCUGGUCAUCCUCCUGCUGGUCACCUUCCUGCUCGUCACCAAUGUGCUGCUCAUGAACCUGCUCAUCGCCAUGUUCAGCUACACGUUCCAGGUGGUGCAGGGCAAUGCCGACAUGUUCUGGAAGUUUCAGCGCUACCACCUCAUCGUGGAGUACCAGGAGCGCCCCGCCCUGGCCCCGCCCUUCAUCCUGCUCAGCCACCUGAGCCUGCUGCUCAAGAGGGUCUUCCAGAAGGAGGCCGGGCAGAAGCGGGCACGCCUGGAGAGAGACCUGCCGGAGCCCCUGGACCAGAAGAUGGUCAUCUGGGAGGCGGUUCAGAAGGAGAACUAUCUGAGCCAGCGGGAGAAGCAGCGGAAGGGCAGCGCGGAGGAGGCGCUGCGCAAGACGGCUCACAGGGUGGACCUCCUGGCCAAGCACCUCGGGGGGCUCAGAGAGCAGGAGAAACGCAUCCGGGGUCUGGAGUCGCAGGUCAACUACUGCACCGUGCUCCUGUCCUCCAUGGCCGACACGCUGGCCCAGGGCGGCGCCUCCCCCAACCCUUGGAACUCGGGCGGCGGGAGCCGACAGUGUGCUGCCGACCACGGAGGGGGCCUGGGUGGCCGGGAGCACCCAGAGGCUGGUCCGCUGCCUUCGGAUUUCUGAGCCACGUGGCUGUCGGCACAGGGCGUGCCCUCCCCAGAGCCCAGGGCUGGGCCUCUGGCCAGAUCAGGUGGCCUCCCUCAGCUGGGGAACUCGGCCCUGCGCAGGCCUCUCCCCGUGGACAGAGCCUCGGGACCAGUUGGCCGGGGCCAGGACGGCAGGCACCUCCCAUCCGGGGUCAGCGGUCUACGGCCCACAGCUGUCCCCUUCCCCACCUGUGUAUUCUGCUAAGAGACUAACCUGUUACUGAAACCUUAGUGCCCAGUCUCUGCCUCUCAAUCCUGGGACCAGCGUUCAGUGUGUCGGCUCCCAUCCCCGAGCCCCCAACAGCUCGCGUGAAUGCUGGAUGGUGUCCAGCCUGGGGAAGUGGCCCAGGACGCUGCCCCACCCCAAAAAGCUGAUUUAUCUUAGAUGGAGCCUGGAGAACAUGCCCACACAAGGGCUGCAGCCCAGGCACUUCAAAGCGGACCCCAGGGGUGGCUGCGGGUCCAGUCAGUAAAGCUCAUGGCGUUCGGGUCCAGUCAGUAAAGCUCAUGGCUGGGAGAGACGGCUUACUUGCUCUGUGGGGUUGGGGUCCAGGCACCUGUGCACCCCCAGCUAGGCUGGCUAGGUAAGGCCCUCCUUCCCUUAGGGGUCCGGAGACCCGGAGCAGGUGUGGGAAAGGCAGGACCGGCUGGGGCAGCCCCCAGGAUGGCUGACUCACUCCCCCUAGUCCUGCUGCCCAUCAAGAGAGCUGUGACGGCUCCCAGCCACCUUCCCCUGCUGUUGGGCUCACUGCGCCAGCAACGCCUCUGACAGAACUCAGUGGUCCUGGUGACAGUCCCAGGACACUGCUCGUCUUCGCGCAUAGCUUGAGAAAAAGCUGAGGGGCAAUGCUGCCCAGCUGGCCCGUCCCCACCCCCGUCCACAUUCGGGCCUCCUUAGACUGAGCUCAUCAACCACCCCCGCCCCCCGCCUCGUGGUCUGCAAACAGGCUGGAGGCCGGAGGCUGCGAGCCCGCCCUGGAGGAUCCCGGGCCCUCUCCGCCUCCUGCUCUGGACCACGGAGAGGUCACCUCAGUCCCUCUGGAGUGACCUGCCACUGACGAACGCAGGUGG